AUGGGCAUCUACAUCCCCUCCUCGAAGCGGGACAGGCUGCUCAAGUACAAGUACAGCUCGACUGACUUGUCCCUCACUUCGCGCUACAUCCUCAACCCGUACUGGAAUCGCCUCGUCCUGCUCUUCCCGAAGAAUAUGGCGCCGAACGCUAUCACUCUGCUGGGCCUCUCGCUCAUCUUCCUCAACUUUCUCUCCCUCCUCUACUACAACCCGACCCUCUCGACGGGCACGAAACCCCUCCACGUCUCGAAAGGCGGUACCUGGGACCCCCUCUUCCCUCCCACCUCGACGCACCCGUCCAUCCUCUCCUCGUUCUUCACUUGGUUGACGGGACGGAGCGCGGCGGAUUUGGCGGACCAGGGCGCGCCGAGGUGGUUGUACUGGACCUUUGCGGUUGGACUGUUCAUGUACCAAUCACUGGAUGCGAUUGACGGGAAGCAGGCGCGAAGGACGGGAACCAGCGGACCGCUCGGCGAGCUGUUCGACCACGGCUGUGACGCCCUAAACACGACCCUCGGCUGCCUCCUCUGCGCGUCGUCUCUCAACCUCGGCCUCUCGUGGUGGACCGUCGCCAGUCUCAUCGCGACGCACUGCAACUUCAUGCUCACGACAUGGGAGGAGUUCCACACGGGAACGCUAUUCCUCUCGGCGUUCUCGGGACCCGUCGAAGGGAUUCUCUUAAUCGUCGCGAUCUUUGCGGUCACCGGCUUCAAGGGUGCCCCGAAAUUCCCUCGUCUCCUUCGGCGGGCAGUCAUUGACAAAGCGCAACCCACAGGCCCGCAGUUCUGGGACACCGGCGUCCUCACCGCCCUCGGCCUGCACCCGUCGACGAACUCGCUUCUCGCCUCGCUCCCGUUCCAGGUCAAGGACCUCCCGAUCAACGACCUCUUCCUGUGCUUCUCCGCCAUCGGCUUGCUCUUCAACAUCGUUGCGGCGAUCCACAACGUCUACCUCUCGCUCCCCGCCGAGUCGCGCAACAUCCUCCACCUCUUCCGCCCCCUUACUCGCCUGUCGCCCUACAUCAUCCACACGGCCGCCAUGCUCUCGUGGCUUCACUCGCGAGAACGUCUCCUCCUCCGCACGACACUCUUCAUCCCCUUUGCCCUCUUCUGGGGCAUCUCCUUCGCGCACCACGUCCAGCUCCUCAUCCUCGCGCACUUGACCAAAUCGCCCUUCCCCGCCGCAUGGAAACACCCGCUCCUCCUCCUCGCCGUCCUUGCCGCCGUCGAUGCACACUUCGGAAUCGUCCAGACCGACAAGGCGAGCGUCAAGCAUACCGUCCUUGCCUGCCUCGCGAUUGGCACCCUGGUCUACGCGCACUUUGUGUGGGAGGUCAUCGGCGACAUCUGCGCGUUCUACGACAUCGGCUGCCUCACCAUCAAGCGCAAGCCCGCACCCGGCACGCCAGGCUACCAACCCUCCCCCGCCGAGAUCGCUCGCAAGCAAGGCAAAGCCGACGAGCCGAUCAAGGAGGACGGCGUACCCCUCACGCACGAGGUCGACAAGACGGGACGGAAGGUGCCGACUGAAGCGGGGUUGCUGAAGCGGCAGAAGGGGGAGUGA